GCCGCCACUCGGCCCGCGUCCUUUUCCCACCCCUUCCUCGCUUCCCGAGGGCGACCCGAGGCGAGCGGGGCGAGGGAAAGUCAAGUCGGGACGCCCUCUGGUCCUCCGACUGUGGCUCCGACCUGGCGUCGGGAGGCCGCGGCGCAACGUUUCUCGUUUCUCUGCCUGCAGCGACCCCUGUCUAUUGAAGGGCUCGGUGCAGCGCCUCUAGUCCUCCCAAGUCCAGCGCCCUCUUGGCGUCGGGAGGCCACUGUGCAGCGUCGCUGGUCCAGCGACUGUAGCGCCCCCUGGCGGCGGCGGAAGGCCACGUUCCCCACAGACGCUGUUCGACCUGCUGCGUUAUUCCAGCACUCUGACCUUCUUUCCAAAGAUCCUAUAGCAGAAGGUUUAGGAGCCGUUGCUGUGGACAGAGAGACGGGGACGUGAGCGGCCAUAGGGCGCCGGCCGGUGAGACCCAGCAUAUGCUCAAUGUGCGGGCUGAGCUUCGAGGGUCCAAGCUUCGGUGGAGGACCACAUGACGGGGCACAAUAAAGAGAAGCGUUAUGAGUGCGACGUGUGUGGCAAGACCUGGCAGUACCCGAGCCGGCUGGAGACCCACCGGCGGGUUCACACGGGUGAACGCCCCUUCGACUGCUAUGACUGUGGCAAGGAAUUCAAGGGGGCGCAGGAGCUGAAGAUGCACCGGCGGGUGCACACGGGCGAGAAGCCCUAUGGCUGCUCCACCUGCGGCAAGACCUUUGCCUGGUUGACGGGGCUACAACGGCACCGGCUGGUGCACAGCAGUGAGCGGCCCUUCACCUGCUCCGACUGCGGCAAAGGCUUCAAGUCGUCCACGAUCCUGAAGGUGCACAGGCGGCUGCACACCGGGGAGCGGCCCUAUACCUGCAGGGACUGCGGCAAAGGUUUCACCUGCUCCAACAGCCUGCUGGAGCACCAGGGCACCCACACUGGCCAGCGCCCCUACACCUGCACCCAGUGUGGCAAGGGCUUCACCCACUUCUCCAAGCUGCUGUCCCACCAGCAGGUGCACUCCGGCAAGAGGCCCUUUGGCUGCUCCGACUGUGGCAUGGACUUCAAAAGGGCACAAGAGCUGAAGAUCCACCGGCGGAUGCACACGGGCGAGAAGCCCUAUCGCUGCUCCAUCUGCGACAAGAGAUUUGCCUGGUUGUCGGGGCUACGACGGCACCGGCGGGUGCACAGCAGUGAGCGGCCCUUCACCUGCUCCGACUGCGGCAAAGGCUUCAAGUCGUCCACGAACCUGACGGUGCAUAGGCGUCUGCACACCGGAGAGCGGCCCUACACCUGUUGCGACUGCGGCAAGGGCUUCACCCGCUCUGACAGCAUGCUGGAGCACCAGCGCACCCACACCAGCGAGCGCCCCUACACCUGCGCCCAGUGCGGCAAGGGCUUCUCCAACUCCUCCAACCUGCUGUUCCACCAGCGUGUACACGCCGGCGACCAUCCCGUCCCUAGCCCGUUGUGUGUUUAGCGCUUUGCCAUGGCCUCCCACGCCCUGUCUCACCAGCGCGUGCACACCAGUGGCCAGCCCUGCGACCGCCCGUACUGCGGUGAGGCUUUUGACAGCUCGCGGGGGUUGUGGCAUCUCCGGUGAGCCCAUGCUGGUGAGCAGCUGCUCCCACUGCGGCAAGUGUUUCAAGAGCGCACGGGGGCUGCGGGAGCACCAGCGGAUUUACACACCGGAGAUAGAGCCUUUAUGUGCGCUGAGUGUGGCAAGGGUUUCACCCACAUGUCCAGUCUGUGGCAGCACCAGCGUACCCACAGCGGUGAGCGCCCCUUCACCUGCCCGCUCUUUGGCAAGGCCUUUGCCCGCUCCUCCAGCCUACUGGCACACCGCCACGUGGAUAGGCACUGUUUAAGUAGACAUAAAAUGCUGGAAGGAAUGGGUAAUGUUUCAGAUCGAGACCCUCUUCAGUCUCGACCAGAAAUGUCGCCCAUUCCUGCAAUGCUGAGUUACUCCAGCACACUGUGAAAUGUCACCUAUCCGUGUUCUCCACAGAUGGUGCCAGACCUGCCGAGUUACUGCAGCAUUUCGUGUUAUAGUGUGCAAACAGGCCCUUCAGCCCACUUGCCCACACCGUCCAGUAUGUCCAAGCUACAAUAGUCCCACUUGCCUGCGUUUGGUCCAUAUCCCUCCAAACCUGUCCUAUCCAUGUCCCUGUCUUAAUUGUUUCUUAAAUGUUGGGAUAGUCCCAGGCUCAACAUCUGGCAGCUUGUUCCAUACACCCACCACCCUUAAUGCCCCUCAGAUUCCCCUCCACCUUGAACCCAUGACCUCUGGUUCUCGAUUCCCCCACUCUGGGCAAGAGGUUGUAAUUGUAAUUGUAAUUGUAAAUCUUUAUUGUCAUUUCCUGAGUAUUCGCAUACUCAGAGGAAACAAAAAAAACGUUUCUCAACCAGUGUCCAUUCAGUUUUCAUUACAAAAUAAAUAGCAAUUAAAAUUAAAAUACAUGUCAUGAACAAUUUA